CGGGGGCUCUGUGAGUGUUGUAUAUGCCUUGUGCCAAAGCUGGGGUCCCGUGGGGUCACGUCCAGCCCUGAAGCCUGGCCUGGUCUGUGGGUGUCUGGGAGGUGGCAGGCAGGAGGCACAGGAGCCUGGAGAGAAGGAGGGUUCUAGGCGACGUAGCGGGUGUGUGUCUAGGGCGCUGCUCUCCCUGUGAGGAGGGCCUAGGGCUGCAGGUUGGUACACCGUGUGGCCCGUAGGUUCCAUAUGUGCUGUGGGCCCAGAAACACUGCCCUCUGUCCCUGUAGCCCAUUGGGGACGGUUCCAGCUUGGGCUCUUUAGUGUUCCCAGAUGUUGAAUGGAUUAAGUCCUGGUGUUGAUUGGUUUGUGCGAAAUCAGUUAUUGCUGAAUCAGCUCCUCCUCUGUGCUUGGACUCAUGUCCUUAAAUACAGGCUAGACCAGCCAGGCAGGACGAGCAGGUCUCGACAAGAAAGUAAACAAGCUUGGUUUGCACCAAGUCGGUUAGCUCAGUCACUGAAAAUGUGCUCCUUUCACCUGGUUGGAUGAUGCCUUUUUAUUGCUUGUUUCUUGAAGAGAAGUAUCACUUAGUGCCAGGUUUGGUUCCAUCUCCCUGGCCCUCAACCUACUACCCUCAGUUGGCCUUGUUAUUCUGUCUCUCUUCUUUUUUAACAGUAGUUUUAGAAUAUAUAGUGUAUCUGAGAAAGCAAAGUGACUUAUUACUCUUCUAUACGUUUUCUUCUAGCUUAAAAAAAUUUAUUUUUUGAGCAAUAGAAAAUCCUUGCACAUGGCUUAAAAUUUAAAAGGUACAAAACUUAUAUCAGUCCUCUAGCCACCCGAUUCCCCUCCUCAGAGGCAAUCCUUGGUUUUGGUUUCUGGUGUGUUCUCACAUAGAUGGCCUGUGUACCUACAGUUUACUGUGCCCAUGUAGCUGAUUUAUUUAUUUUUACACAAAUGGUGGUUACUAUACAUUAUACUGAGGCUGGGUUUUUCAUGUAACAGUACAUCUUGGAGAUAAUGCCAUAUCAAUACAUCAAGAACUUCCUUGUUAUUUCUUUUUUACAAGUGCAUAGUAUUCCACUGUGUGGACGAACCAUACUUUAUUUAAAUUCCUUUCUGUGCAUGGGAAUUUUGGUUGGAUUGGAAACAACACAGGCCUUGCCUGGAGAUACAGUAUCCUGACCAGGAGUCCGUGGUGUCCACCCAGCCUCUGGCAUGUGGGCAGAACAGUGGAAGGGGAGACUAGAGGUGGGCUGACAGCCAGCUGAAGGGGGGGAGGACGUUGGCCUGGUGCAUUAACUAGCUCCUUUCAGUCAGUCUCCUGCUUGGCACAUUGUAGGGCAUUGAGCCCCUGAACUGGUGAGUGGUCCCCAGAGAGCCACCAGUCUAUGAGAGGCAGGCUGACCUUGCAGGUCGCCUUGGCCCCCAGUGGGUCAGCCGCCAGGCAUGAGGCCUGCAGUGCUUACAGGUUGGCUGGUCUGCUGGGACUCUGAGCACGUCUCUGAUACCUCCAGCCGUGGCCUGAGCCCCUUGCCCUGCUGAGUCCCUCAGUCCUGCAGACAGUAUUUGGCUUUAUUGUUGGCAGGGACAUAUUUGUGUCUACGGUGUUGUCCGCUCACCUAUUCCUGUUGCUCUCCUAAGCCAUCAGAAAGUGUAAAAUGGAAUUAACACCCCCUCAUGGGGACACCUGGAGUCAGGAAAGGAGAAGCUCCUUCCUUAACAAGAAGCAAGGAAAAAAAAAAGUGUAAAAACGUGCAUGGGAAAGAUGUAUACCAACUUCCUUCCUCUGAGGAUGGAGUGGGUGGAGGAGGGCAGAGUUUUAGCUGUUAUCUGAGAUGAUUUAUUUAUGUAAACAUAUAAGACAUCUGAAACAACAAUAAAAAAUAUUAAAAUUGUUAGCUCUGGAAGGUAGAUACAUGGGUGUCUGUCAUAUUAUCUUCAGUGCUUGUCUGUAUGUUUACAACAUUUCAAAGCUAAAAAUGAUUUUUUUUACUAAAGCAGAGAGGUCACGGUCCAGGCCCCAGCCUUCCGGCUCUGUGGUCCCUCUUGUACCUCCCUCUGCUGCAUCUCAUAUCCUCUCUUACGAAUGACUGUCUCCCCCAGCACGUUCAGAUUUCUUCCACACCUGUCCUUCCCAAGAGACAAAGAUUAACGAGCCCUCUGGAAGGUGGGAAUUUAUCUCAUUUAUCUCUGAGCGUGAGGCAGCUCUGGGAAAGCAGAGCAUACUUGGGCUUUGGGACUCGGUCAGAUCAGGGUCUGAAGUUUGACUUCGUGACUUCCUGUGACUUAUCCUCUCUGGGUCUCUGUUGCCCCAGUUGUAAAAUGGGUUGCAGUGAGGACCAAAAUGAAAUCUACGAAAAGGGUCUGUCCCAUAACACACAAGUGCUUGUUGACGGGGUGAACGGGGGUGAUUACCAGAUGAAUCAGAAGCCUGGGGUUGGCAAAGCAGCAGACUGAGCACACAGAAGCUUUUAUCUUUACCUCCGAAGAAACCAUGUAUUUUCUCAACUGAAAAUGAUGAUGCUAACCCUGAUCGGGGAUACGGUCCAGGCUGUGCUUCUUCUUGGGCCGGGGGCAGCAGCAGCUGGCUUGUGGUUUAAUCAGCCGCACUGAGGCUGGCCUGCAGUGUGCAGGCUGGGGUACCUGACUCUCUCCAACAGCCCCAAAUCUCCUCCUGUGUUAGGGGACCCCCCAAGACCCCUGCUGGGUUCAGUGAUUUGCCAGGAGGACUCCUAGGACUCAGCGCAGAGCUGUGCUUAGGACUAGGAUUUAUUACCGGGAAAGGCUGCAGAGCAAAGUCAGCAAAGGGAAGAGGUACGUGGGGCAGAGUCUGGAAGAGGCCAGCAGCAAGCUUCCCAGCAGCCCCACCCAGUGGAGUCACCAGAACGCACUUAAUCCAUUCAGCAUUGAAUUGUGACAGCACGUGUGAAGUGUCAUCUACCACGGAGGCUCCUUAGAGACUCAGCAGCCACGGUUUUCACUGGGGCUGUGGCCACACAUCUGCAGAGCACAUCCCUCGGGUCCAGACUCCCAGAAGGAACUUGGGUGUCCGGCAUUAACCAUGAUCACCGUGGAGGACUAUGAACAGGCCGCCAAGAGCCUGGCCAAGGCCCUGGUGAUCCGGGAGAAGUACGCCCGGCUCGCCUACCACCGCUUCCCACGCACCACGGCCCAGUACCUGGGUCACUGGCGGGCAGACGCUGCACCUCUGGAAGAGGGCCUCCCAGACUUCCACCCUCCCCCACUGCCCCAGGAAGACCCUUACUGCCUGGAUGAUGCUCCCCGAAACCUGGGCUUCCUGGUCCGCAUGCAGGGGGGCAUCCUCUACGUGUACGAUAACACAAAGAUGCUGGAAUGCCAGGAGCCCCACAGCCUGCCCUACCCGGACCUGGAGACCUACACGGUGGACAUGAGCCACAUCCUGGCUCUCAUCACCCAUGGCCCCACGAAAACGUAUUGUCACCGGCGACUGAACUUUCUGGAAUCCAAGUUCAGCCUUCACGAGAUGCUAAAUGAAAUGGCCGAGUUCAAAGAGUUGAAGAGCAACCCUCACCGAGACUUCUAUAACGUGAGAAAGGUGGACACGCACAUCCACGCAGCUGCCUGCAUGAACCAGAAGCACCUGCUGCGCUUCAUCAAGCAUACGUACCAGACGGAGCCCGACCGGACAGUUGCCGAGAAGUGGGGCCGGAAGAUCACCCUGCGGCAGGUGUUCGACAGCCUGCACAUGGACCCGUACGACCUCACUGUGGACUCGCUGGAUGUCCAUGCGGGCCGGCAGACGUUCCACCGCUUUGACAAGUUCAACUCCAAAUACAACCCUGUGGGGGCCAGUGAGCUCCGAGACCUGUAUUUGAAAACUGAAAACUACCUGGGAGGAGAGUACUUUGCUCGGAUGGUCAAGGAGGUGGCCCAGGAGCUGGAGGAGAGCAAGUACCAGUACUCAGAGCCACGGCUCUCCAUCUACGGCUGCAGUCCUGAGGAGUGGUCCAACCUGGCCCGCUGGUUCAUCCAGCACAAGGUCUACUCACCCAACAUGCGCUGGAUCAUCCAGGUGCCCCGGAUCUAUGACAUAUUUAGGUCAAAGAAGCUGCUGCCAAGCUUUGGGAAGAUGCUGGAGAACAUCUUCCUGCCCCUUUUUGAGGCCACCAUUAAUCCUCAGGAUCACCGAGAGCUUCACCUCUUCCUCAGAUAUGUGACGGGGUUUGACAGCGUGGAUGAUGAGUCCAAGCACAGCGAUCACAUGUUCUCAGACAAGAGCCCCAGCCCGGACGUCUGGACCAGCGAGCAGAACCCGCCCUACAGCUACUACCUGUACUACAUGUAUGCCAACAUCAUGGUGCUCAACAACCUCCGCAGGGAACGGGGCCUGAGCACGUUCCUGUUCCGGCCUCACUGCGGGGAGUCUGGCUCCAUCACUCACUUGGUAUCUGCUUUCCUGACUGCCGACAACAUUUCCCAUGGGCUGCUCCUCAAGAAGAGUCCGGUGUUGCAGUAUCUCUACUACCUUGCUCAGAUCCCCAUUGCCAUGUCUCCUCUUAGCAACAACAGUCUGUUCCUCGAAUAUUCCAAAAACCCUCUGAGGGAAUUCCUGCAUAAGGGACUGCAUGUUUCUCUCUCCACCGAUGACCCCAUGCAGUUCCACUACACGAAGGAAGCACUUAUGGAAGAAUAUGCAAUUGCGGCUCAAGUGUGGAAGCUGAGCACGUGUGACCUGUGUGAGAUCGCCAGGAACAGUGUGCUGCAGAGCGGCCUCUCCCAUCAGGAAAAGCAAAAAUUUCUGGGACAAAAUUAUUAUAAAGAGGGACCUGAAGGAAAUGAUAUUCGAAAGACAAAUGUUGCUCAGAUCCGGAUGGCGUUCCGAUAUGAGACCUUAUGCAAUGAGCUCAGCUUCCUGUCUGACGCCAUGAAAUCAGAAGAGAUCACAGCCCUGACCAAGUAGUCGAGCACUAGACAUGCAUUUUAACUUUCUGGUUUAAUUUCAAAUCUGCUGUGAUUAACAGUGUUCAAGAUACCAAACUAUCCUCCACGGAGAGGAUGCCUGUGAAGAACUUUCAAACUAGUGAUUUUUGGUUGCACUGUUCACUUUGAGGUCUAAUAUGCCCACUUCUGUUAAUAUUUUUGAGUAAUAGAUGGUGAAUCCUCCUUGGGGAUCUGGGAGCUAGACACUUGUCUAUAUUCAUUCCUAAUUUUCCAGAUGUUUCUCUUGAAAGUGCUAAUGCUUGCAUUGUUGGGACAAGGAUCUUACAUGGUCCAGUGCCCACUGAUAUAUGAGGGCUGUGUGGUUUUCUGCCACAGUCCUCUCUGUAGGUCCUGCAGACUAGUUGGUAUUUGUUCAUUUCAGCCUCUGAUGGGCUGGCUGCCUUAAAGUCUGUUUCAAAGCUCCCUUUCAUAAAGGAGCUACUUCGAGAGAAUUAGAAAACUUCCUUUGUUGUGCUUUUUUUUUUUUUUUUAAUGAGUUUUUAAAACUUUUAUUUAGCCUCCCUCCCUUUCUAUUUAGGAAACCAAAUAUUCACAUCACAACCAUCACUCCUAUUUUGGGUCUUGGUUUCCUCAUCUGAAAGGUGAGAGUUUGCACUAGAUGAGUGAUUUUCAGGUGGUGGUCUGUGAGUUCGCCUCCUGGACCACUUCAAGGCAGGGGUGGGCAGGGGGGAAUGAGGUUCUGGGGUGCUGCUUUUACUUCUUCAAGGUGACUCUGCUUUCAUCAGUUUUACAUUGGGACUUCUGUGUAUUUACAUUUGAACUAAGGACUUUGAAAAGCACAGGACUAGAUGAUCUCUGUUCUUUUUGGCUUUAAUAUUCUAUGAUUGUAGCCCAAUUAUCAUUUUACUUAUGAAGAGUUAGGGCCACAGAAGUAAAGUUUGCUUAAGGUCACACAGCUCUAAUAAGUAAUAGGACUAGAACUAGGUUUCCCUAAUCCUAUUCCAGUCCUUUCCCCACUAUUCCAUCAGACCUCACAAAUGUAGAUUUUUUUUGUCACUGUAACCUGGUGCAUUCCCCCCCCCAGGUGAAAUCUCACCUUCACCUAAUAUGCAGACUUCUUCAGAAGAUAUAAGUGGUCCCUGGGGCUAGGUAGAAAGCAUUUUUAAAGACUAGUCUGAAUUUAAGCUUUACCAAUGUAUUCUUCAUCUGUGUUACUAGUGCCUGGUACAUAGUAGGUGCUCAAUAUAUGUAUAUUAAAUAAAUGAAUGAAUUUCCUCUUUUAGCAACUUUUUAAGGAUGUGUGCUUCUGGUACUCACCAAGCUGCUCAAGGACCUUCCUGUCUAUCUCUGUGGGCAAAUGCAGACUACAGGAAGCCCUUCUGAAUUAUUACAGAGUUAGAAGAACCCGAGUUUUGCCUGUGAAAAUGCUUACCUGACUUUAGAUUGUUUUGUCCUGUUACUUUAUAAUGCUUAUCACCUCUACUGGUCAACUUAGUACAAACAAUAAAUGUAGUCUUUUUACUAGGCAGACAUGUGCUAUCUUACAGCUAAUCAUGAAAUUGAAUGAAAACCGAGUAUUUGUGUUAGGCAUCCACUAUUUUUUGAAAAGCCAUUUGUGUACUUUUGCCCUAACAUAGCAAGUAUUGUACAGUUUUUCAUUGUCAUUUUAUCUGUAUCAAGUAUUUGUUUUUAUUAUUAAAGUCUGUUAGGACUGUGGCUAA